AUGGCACUGGAAACAGUCAUCUCACUGUCCCCUGCGACUCUCGCGGCGGGCGCUGCAGUACUGGUCUCGGCGUACUGGCUUGCAACCUAUGCCUACCUCUACUGGCUGCAUCCUCUUUCCAAAUACCCUGGCCCACCCCUCGCAGCCGUGUCAGAGCUGUGGUAUGCAUCAGCGUGGACGGGCGGUUUGUGGAAUCGCAAGAUCCAGGAAGCCCAUCGCCGCUACGGCGACAUUGUGCGCAUCGCCCCAAACGAGCUCUCGUUCGCAACAGCCCAGGCCUUCCGCGACAUCUACGGCGCGCCCACCAAGACGCGCAAGCUGUUCCCCAAGUCCGAUCGCUUCUAUGACAACGGCCACCCCAACAUCGCCUUCGUGCUUGACCCGGAAGAACACGCCCGCCAGCACAAGGUGUUUGCCCCCCAGUUCCGCCCCUCCGCCGUCCGCACCCAGGAGCCAAUCGUACACUCCCAUGUCGACCUUUGGGUGAAGCAGAUUGCAGCCCGCGGCCGCGACGGGACCAUUCCCCUCGACAUCUCCAAGUGGUUCGAGUGGUUGACCUUCGAUAUCAUCGGCGAACUCACCUUCGGCCAGUCCUUCAACGCCACCCGCGACAACAAGAGCCACCCCUGGGUCUCCAUCCUCCUAGACGCAACCUACAGCGGCUCGAUCUUCAACCUGCGCAAGCGCCUCGCCUUCGUCGGCCCCCUGCUGCGCUGGAUGCCGUAUAUCUCAUCGACCGCCCGCGCCGCAGUCACCUCCAUAAUGCAGCACGGCGCCAUGACGCUCGCCCUAACCCGCAAGCGCAUCGAAGCGGGCCCCGCACGCAGCGACGUCGACGACUUCCUCGCGCACGCUAUCCGCGCAGGCUGGAUGUCCGAUACCGUCCUCGCGAACCAGGCCAUGGUUAUGCUGACCGCCGGCGCGGAGACCAGUGCUACGGCUCUCACAGCCGCGAUGUGGUACCUCUCGCAGCCGGCCCACGCACACUGCCUCGAGCGCCUGCGCUCCGAGGUGCGGACCACUUUUGCCAAUCCCGCUGAGGUGACCGGUGACGCGACCGCCCGACUCCCCUACCUCAACGCCGUGCUCGAGGAGACGAUGCGCCUGUUCCCUCCCUCGCCCGUUGGUCCGCCGCGCGUUAGCCCCGUGGGCGGCGAGACCGUCGACGGCACGUUCGUCCCGGAGGGUGUGUAUGUUUCCGCCGAUGUCUGGGCGAUCCAUCACGAUGGCCGUACUGUGGGCGAACAGCCCGAUAAAUUCAGGCCCGAGCGCUGGUGCGAUGUUGGCGCCGCGGCGAAGCCGUAUACAGUUCCUUUUAGCAUCGGGCCCCGGAUGUGCAUUGGAGUUACGCUUGCGUGGGUUGAGAUGCGCAUUGCCUUGGCUAAGGCGGUGCUUGCUUUUGACUGGGAGUUGGCUGAGGAUGCGGUUGGGGGGAGUGGGGAUUGGGUUGAGGAGGCGAGGCUUAAGCAGUUGUGGCAGAAGGCGCCUUUGAGAAUGCGCUUCCGGCCGGUUGGGAGGUGA